AUGAUGGGCUCUGAGCCCCGGGCUGCGGGGAGGCGGCGUCGGCGUCUCCACAGCGGCUGCGGUGCGGCUGGCCACGGUAGUGGGAGUUGCGACUCCUUUUCCGCCACGGUGUCUUUGGCCGGGUGCUGCUCUGCUCCCCGGCGAGCUCCUCUUUGGACUUGUCUCCUACUCUGCGCCGCACUCCGGACCCUCCUAGCCAGCCCGAGCAAUGAAGUGAAUUUGCUAGACUCACGCACAGUAAUGGGGGAUCUGGGAUGGAUUGCUUACCCAAAAAAUGGGUGGGAAGAGAUUGGAGAAGUUGAUGAGAAUUAUGCCCCAAUACACACCUAUCAAGUAUGCAAAGUUAUGGAACAAAGUCAGAAUAACUGGCUUCUGACCAGUUGGAUCUCCAAUGAAGGUGCUUCCAGAAUAUUCAUAGAACUCAAAUUUACUCUGAGGGACUGUAAUAGCCUUCCAGGAGGACUUGGGACAUGCAAGGAGACUUUUAAUAUGUAUUACUUUGAAUCUGAUGAUGAGAAUGGGCGUAAUAUCAAAGAAAACCAGUAUAUCAAGAUAGAUACAAUUGCUGCAGAUGAAAGUUUUACUGAACUGGACCUUGGUGACCGAGUCAUGAAACUUAAUACAGAAGUCAGAGAUGUUGGGCCUUUGACCAAAAAGGGAUUUUAUCUUGCUUUCCAAGAUGUGGGUGCCUGCAUUGCUCUAGUAUCAGUGCGUGUGUACUACAAGAAGUGUCCUUCUGUGGUUCGAAAUUUGGCACUCUUUCCAGACACAAUCACUGGAGCAGAUUCUUCUCAAUUGCUGGAAGUGUCAGGUUCCUGUGUCAAUCACUCUGUGACUGAUGAACCACCCAAGAUGCAUUGCAGUGCUGAAGGAGAAUGGUUGGUUCCAAUUGGGAAAUGCAUGUGCAAAGCAGGGUAUGAGGAGAAAAAUGGCACCUGUCAAGUGUGCAAACCUGGAUUCUUCAAAGCCUCACCUCAGAGCCAGAGCUGCAGCAAGUGUCCACCUCACAGUUAUACCCAUGAAGAAGCUUCGACCUCUUGUAUCUGUGAAAAGGACUAUUUCAGGAGGGAGUCUGACCCACCUUCAAUGGCAUGUACAAGACCCCCCUCAGCUCCUCGGAAUGCCAUCUCAAAUGUUAACGAAACUAGUGUCUUUCUGGAAUGGAUUCCUCCUGCUGACACUGGUGGAAGGAAAGAUGUGUCAUAUUAUAUUGCAUGCAAGAAGUGCAACUCCCAUGCAGGUGUGUGUGAGGAGUGUGGCGGUCAUGUCAGGUACCUCCCCCGUCAAAUCGGCCUGAAAAACACCUCUGUCAUGAUGGUGGAUCUCCUCGCUCACACAAACUAUACCUUUGAGAUUGAGGCAGUGAAUGGAGUAUCCGACUUGAGCCCAGGAACCCGGCAGUAUGUGUCUGUAAAUGUAACCACAAAUCAAGCAGCACCUUCUCCAGUCACUAAUGUGAAAAAAGGAAAGAUUGCAAAAAAUAGCAUCUCUUUGUCUUGGCAAGAGCCAGAUCGUCCCAACGGAAUUAUCCUGGAGUAUGAAAUCAAAUAUUUUGAAAAGGAUCAAGAGACCAGCUACACAAUUAUCAAAUCUAAAGAGACAGCUAUUACUGCAGAUGGUUUGAAACCAGCUUCGGUAUAUGUCUUCCAAAUCAGAGCGCGCACAGCAGCAGGCUAUGGUGUCUUCAGUCGAAGAUUUGAGUUUGAAACCAUCCCAGUGUCAGUAGCAGCCUCUAGUGAUCAAAGCCAGAUUCCUAUAAUUGCUGUAUCUGUUACAGUGGGAGUCAUUUUGCUGGCUGUGGUUAUUGGAUUCCUCCUCAGUGGAAGUUGCUGUGAAUGUGGCUGUGACAGGGCUUCUUCCCUGUGCGCUGUUGCCCAUCCAAGCCUAAUAUGGAGGUGUGGCUACAGCAAAGCAAAACAAGACCCAGAAGAGGAAAAAAUGCAUUUUCAUAAUGGGCACAUUAAACUUCCAGGAGUAAGAACUUAUAUUGAUCCACAUACCUAUGAGGACCCUAAUCAGGCUGUCCAUGAAUUUGCCAAGGAAAUAGAAGCUCCAUGCAUUACCAUUGAAAGAGUUAUUGGAGCAGGUGAAUUUGGUGAAGUCUGCAGUGGACGUCUAAAAUUACCAGGAAAAAGAGAAUUUCCUGUGGCUAUCAAAACUCUUAAAGUGGGUUAUACUGAGAAACAACGGAGAGAUUUCCUCGGGGAAGCAAGUAUCAUGGGGCAGUUUGAUCAUCCCAACAUCAUCCAUUUGGAAGGCGUUGUGACCAAAAGUAAGCCAGUAAUGAUAGUGACAGAAUAUAUGGAGAAUGGCUCUUUAGAUACAUUUUUAAAGAAAAAUGAUGGGCAAUUUACUGUAAUUCAGCUAGUAGGAAUGCUGAGGGGCAUUGCCUCUGGAAUGAAGUACCUUUCUGACAUGGGCUAUGUGCAUAGGGAUCUUGCAGCCAGAAACAUCUUAAUCAACAGUAACCUGGUAUGCAAAGUGUCUGAUUUUGGACUUUCCAGAGUACUAGAAGAUGACCCUGAAGCAGCAUAUACUACACGGGGAGGAAAAAUCCCGAUCAGAUGGACUGCACCUGAAGCCAUUGCUUUCCGCAAGUUCACUUCUGCCAGUGAUGUUUGGAGUUAUGGAAUUGUGAUGUGGGAAGUGGUUUCCUAUGGAGAGAGACCAUACUGGGAAAUGACCAAUCAGGAUGUGAUCAAAGCUGUUGAAGAAGGAUACCGUCUGCCAAGUCCCAUGGACUGUCCUGCUGCUCUGUACCAGUUAAUGCUGGAUUGCUGGCAGAAAGACCGAAACAGCAGACCCAAGUUUGAUGAAAUUGUCAGCAUGUUGGACAAGCUCAUUCGUAACCCAAGCAGCUUGAAGACACUGGUUAAUGCAUCAAGCAGAGUAUCAAACCUGUUGGUGGAACAUGGUCCACUAGGAACUGGGGCCUACAGAUCAGUGGGCGAAUGGCUGGAAGCCAUCAAAAUGGGACGAUAUACAGAGAUUUUCAUGGAAAAUGGAUACAGUUCAAUGGAUGCUGUGGCUCAGGUGACCUUGGAGGAUUUGAGACGACUGGGAGUGACUCUUGUCGGUCACCAGAAGAAGAUAAUGAACAGCCUUCAAGAAAUGAAGGUCCAGCUGGUAAAUGGAAUGGUGCCAUUAUAA